GGAGCUGAAGCUGGAUCUGUCCUGCAACCAUUUCUUUUCUUUUUCGCGCUGUCCCGGCUGCAGAAUCCGACCUAGAUGGCAGAUGUGAAGUUCUGCCGCAGCCAGUCGGGGGUGCAUUCUAAGUUCUGACAGCCUUGCUGUCGGGGUGUCGGUGUGGGGAGAGUCGUUGAGGAAUUGGCUUCUCGGGCUUUUUUCUUUGUACUGGGGGGACGUUUUGAGAACUUUCUGAGAUACCGCCAAUCUCUUGGCCCGCCCAUCGUCCUGGAAUCUAAUCACAGUAUCUUUGGAGUCUUGAAUGAUAGGAGUCCCAAACAUUUCAGGACAGAAAGUAAAUAAUGGAUAACUGUUCCACUGCGUCGAUGUUCCUGACCGACAGCUUGGAACUGGAGCUGGGGACAGAAUGGUGCAAACCCCCUUGCUUUUCAUGUGGUAUUGACAACAGAGGAGGAGGAAAUCAUUUUUCUGGAGAGUCCUACCUUUCCAGCGGAGCCCUUAAGCGAUUAAUUUUGAAUCUUGAUCCUUUACCAACUAAUUUUGAAGAAGAUACAGUGGAAAUAUUUGCCAUUCAGUGGGUUACUGAAACAGCAUUAGUGAAUUCAUCUAGAGUGCUCUUUCAUUUAUUCAGGCAGCAACUGUACAACUUGGAAACCUUAUUACAGGCCAACUGUGAUUUUGGGAAGAUAUCCACCCUACACUGCAAAGCAGACAAUAUUAGGCAGCAGUGCGUGACAUUUCUUCAUUACGUUAAAGUUUUCAUCUUUAGGUACCUGAAGGUACAAAAUGCUGAGAGUUCUGUUCCUGUCCAUCCCUAUGAAACUUUGGAGGCACAGCUUCCAUCUGUGCUGGUUGAUGAACUUCAUGGAUUACUCUUGUAUAUUGGACAUCUAUCUGAACUUCCCAGCAUUAGUCCAGGAGCAUUUGUAAAUCAAAACCAAAUUAAGCUUUUUCCACCAUCAUGGCAUUUAUUACAUCUCCACUUAGAUAUCCAUUGGAUGGUGCUAGAAAUUCUUCACAUGCUGGGUGAAAAAUUGAAACAAGUUAUAUAUGGUCAUCAGUUUAUGAAUCUGGCAGGUGACAAUUUAACCAACAUCAGCCUAUUUGAAGAACAUUGUGAAAAUCUCCUUUGUGAUUUAAUAAGCCUGUCACUCAACAGGUAUGACAAGGUUAGGCCUUCUGAAGCAUUAGCAAGUCACCACUGCCCAUGUUCCUGCAUUAAAGAAUUAUGGGUUCUACUCAUUCAUCUUCUAGAACACAGAAAUAAAUGGUCUCUUUCAGAAUCAUUUUGGAACUGGUUGAGUAAACUACUUAAAACAUUCUUUGAAAAAUCAAGUGACCGAAAACGACCUUCUGUGCCUGUAAUCCAGCCCAGGGAUCCAUUAGGUUUUAGUUGGUGGAUCAUCACUCACAUAGCAUCACUUUACCAGUUUGAUCGCCACGGAACACCAGAUGAAAUGAGACAAAUGGAAUCAAAUUGGAAUUUUGUAGAAGAACUGCUUAAAAAGUCCAUCAAUGUUCAGGAUGGUAUACUUGAAGAACAAUUACGAAUGCAUCUUCACUGUUGUUUGACACUUUGUGAUUUCUGGGAGCCAAACAUUGCAAUCGUCACCAUUCUUUGGGAAUAUUAUAGUAAGAACCUGAAUAGUCCUUUCAGCAUCUCUUGGCUUCCUUUGAAAGGCCUUACAUAUAUCAUUAAGUCACCCUUGUCAAUGCUAGAAAUGGUGAAGGCCUGCUGUUGUGAUAAACAAGAUAAUGACCUUUAUAAAUCCAGCAGUAGUUACACCAUUUUCCUUUGCAUUUUGGCAAAAGUUGUUAAGAAAGCAAUGAAGAACAAUGGCCCUCAUCCUUGGAAACAAAUCAAAGGAAGAAUAUAUUCUAAAUUCCAUCAAAAAAGAAUGGAAGAACUCACAGAAGUUGGUCUUCAGAACUUCUUCAACCUUUUUCUACUGUUAGCAGAUGUCGCAGAGGUGGAAGAUGUAGCAAGUCAUGUCUUAGACCUCCUAAAUUUCCUCAAGCCUUCCUUGGUAACAUCUUCCAUCAUUUGGAAGGGUCAAGUGGCCUUCCUCUUGAUGUAUACCCAGAAAAAUCUGGACAUUGGUGUUCUGGCUGAGAAAUGUUCAGGUGCUUUCCGAGAAAAAGCAAAGGAAUUCUUGGUAUCUAAGAAUGAUGAAAUGGGACAAAGACAGACUCUCUGGACACUUCUUUCCAUCUAUAUUGAUGGUGUUCAAGAAGUGUUUGAGACUAGCCAUUGCUUGUAUCCUUCACAUGAAAAACUGCUUAAUGAUGGAUUUAGUAUGCUUCUGCGAGCUUGUCAAGAAUCUGAACUUAGGACAGUACUGAGCUUUCUACAAGCUGUUCUGGCCAGAAUCAGGAGUAUGCAUCAACAAUUGUGUCAGGAACUUCAAAAGGAGAGUAUGGACCUAAUUGUGCAGUCUUCAUUAUCGGCUAAAGAGCGCCACCUUGCUGCAGUUGCCAAUGCACUGUGGAGACAUUUCUUUUCAUUUUUGAAGAGUCAGAGAAUGUCACAGAUAGUGCCUCUCUCAGAACUUGCGGAUGCAGCUGCAGAUUUUACUUUGCUUGCAAUGGACAUGCCCAGCACAGCUCCAUCAGAUCUUCAGCCUCAGCCAGUUAUAUCAGUGAUGCAACUUUUUGGUUGGGAUGAUAUCAUCUGGCCCCAAGUUGUAGCAAGAUAUUUAAGUCAUUGCCUACAAAAUAGCAUGUUAUGUGAAGCACUUUCUCAUACAGGCUGUGUAUCUUUUCAAGCCUUAACUGUAAGAUCAUGGAUUCGUUGCGUUUUGCAAAUGUACAUAAACAACCUCUAUGUGCCUGAUGAUUUGUUCAUUGAUAUAAAUCCUGGACAGGCAGUUGAAAAAGAGUACUUGGAACAGUUGGCUGAACUGACAAGGUUGCUAUUUAAACUCUCAGAAAUAAAGAAUAUUUUCUCAAAGGCUCAAGUUGAAUAUUUAUCCAGUCCAGAAGACCCUACAAAAGCACUUGUUCUAUUUUUUGAGGCUGUUGGUAUUACUUACGGGAAUCUGCAGAACCUUUCUGAUAAAUCUGCCAUGGUCACAAAGUCCUUAGAAUACCUUGGUGAAAUAUUAAAAUAUAUAAAACCUUAUUUGGGAAAAAAAAUUUCCAGUGCAGGACUGCAACUGACUUACAGGAUAAUGGGAAUUCUCGUUAAAUCAUGGGCACAGAUCUUUGCCACCUCAAAAGCGCAAAAACUCCUCUUCCGGAUCAUUGAUUGUUUACUGCUGCCACACACCGUGCUACAGCCAGAGAGAGAGCUGCCUGCACCUAUGCUGACUGCAAUCCAAAAGAGUCUUCCUUUGUAUCUCCAGGGCAUGUGUAUCGUAUGUGGUCAGUCCCAAAAUCCAAAUGCCUAUUUGAACCAAUUACUAGGGAGUGUUAUUGAGCAGUACAUUGGGCGGUUUCUUCCAUCGUCCCCGCAUGUUUCGGGUCUCGUACAACACCCUGUUUUGUUGGCAUUGAGAAACUCCGCCGCUGUUCCACUGAUAGCACCUCUAAAGAAAUGCAUCGUACAAGUCAUAAGGAAGUCCUACUUGGAGUGUAAAGGGUCCUUGCUCCCUCCUCGCUUAGCCUCUAUUCUGGCCUUUGUCCUGCAGCUCUUCAAAGACACUAGCGUAGAGAUUUCUGAGGUUCAGCUUCUCCUCCCUGGCGUCUUAAAAUGCUUGAUGUUGGUCAAUGAACCCCAAGUUAAAAGGCUGGCCACAGAGAACCUGCAAUACAUGGUUAAAGCCUGCCAAGUGGGGUCAGAGGGAGAACCUGCCGCCCAGCUGACUUCUGUGUUUAGGCAUUUUAUCCAGGAUUAUGCUAUGAGAUAUGAUUAUCAGAUUUACAGCAUUUUAGAAACAGUAGCAGCAUUGGACCAGCAAGUUGUUAUCGACUUGCUUUCUACCCUCACUCAAUCUCUGAAGGAUUCAGAGCAGAAAUGGGGCCUUGGCAGAAAUACUGCACAAAGGGAGGCCUAUAGCAAACUUUUAUCUCACCUAGGACAAGUUGGACAAGAUGAAAUGCAAAGACUGGAGAGUGAUAAUACCUAAUAUAUUUUGUGCUUUGCCCUCUCUAUUCAUUAUAACUAUCUAAAGCCACUUUGCACAGCAAUGGUAUAAUGUUCUGUUAAAAAUACCUUCUAGAAUUUUUUUCCUUACAUCCCUGUAAGUAUAAAGUACAUAAAUAAGGAAAUAAAAGUUAAAUAAGUGUAUUAUAGGAUCUUUGGAAGUUGACAAAAUUGCAUUCUCUCUUGAAGAGUUUUUAGUUAAACUGAUGUAAUUUUUUUUUCUAACUGGGAGUAUCUCUGUGUAUGUCCUUGAAGCAGGUCUGUACUGGGUGAUCCAGGGACUUGUCACUAUAAUAUGACUUUUUGACUUGUGAAUUAUUUGUGUGUGUUUUGUUUCUUACAAGUCAUGUUUUAAUAUGAUGUUUUGGGGUUGGUUUUUUUUUUUUCAAAUUAUCUGGCUAUUCUCUGCUGGUUUUAGUGAAAGGGGGGUUCAGAAGAUAGGAUGUAUGUUUGUCAUCUUUUGUCAGACCAUGUGUGAGGCAAGCUAAUAAAUACCCAGCACACUUAACUCUGUGAGGAAAGAGGCUGAGUCUGGCUAAAUGAAUAUAGAGAUAGUAUGUAAAAUGUUUUAAAACUUAAGCCAGCAGUGGUUCUAACAGUUGCCAGAUUUUUUUUUUUCUCUAGUCAUCCUUUUUGGAAGUUUAUGAAAAGACGUAUCAGGAGGGGGAUAAGUAAGAGCUUUUAAGAAAAGACAUAAUAUUCUGAAAUAUCUUAGGAUUACAAAUUAACAGAAGAGGACUGAGAAGUCAGCUGACUUAUCUCCUUGCUCUUCAGUUAGAGCCUCUUAUAAUUUAGCAUCUUAUAUGUUUACAAGGAACCAGUUUAGUUCCUUUAGCAGCUCCUGUGUCUCAACUCUUUAAGUAGUUCAUCCAGAUUUUUAUUUUAUCAGUUAGGCUCUCGUCCUUGACUCCUUUUUGUGGUGAGCAUUAUUUGGUAAAAGAACUCCAGUCCUAGUGUUGGGAACCCAUGUAGGUCUCAAACGCAGCUCUGCUUUGUAAACUUCAGCAAGUUACUUAACCUUGUUGAGCCUCACUUUCUCCAUGGAGAAAAAAGAAUAAUAUUCCUUUUUCUAUUUCACAGUGUUCUGGUAAGAAUCAGUAGAAUAAUGUAUGUGAAAAUAUAUUAGUGACAUGUGUUCUAUUUGAGGCAUACAGACAUGAUUACUAAUUAUUCAUGCACAAACGUAAAGAACACCUCUCAGUGUUGUUCCUCUGUCUCUACUAUGUCCUAGAUGAAGAUUCACCUUUUUUUCAAAUUGUGUCUUACAUGUCAUGUUUGUUAACUUUGAAAUAUCUCUUUUCUUCUUGGGACUCUAGUGUUUAUCAUGCUUCUUCUGGUUCCUUCCUUUUCUGAUUCAAGAAGUAUCUUUCAAAAUGAAAUAUAUUACAAUCAGUGAACUCUAGUUAAUAGUCCUCUCCUAACUUUUAUCUGUGAAUUCUAAAGAAGUAUCUGUUGUUUUCAUGACAUACAGAUAGUCUGUCCCUUCCACCUCCAGGUCAACUGUCAUUAUGUCAACAAAUAGAAUGAAUAAAAGCCUCUUUAAGGUUACGUAACAGACUUCAUAGAACUGAGCUUCUUUUCAUUAUGAUAGUGACUGAUUAAACUUAAAUCUCUUUGCAAGUUUCAGCAAAUGAAGUUUGAUCUGUUUAAGGUAAUGCUUUUAAAGGAGUUAUUUAUGUGUAUAUAUGUAUAUAGUUUUUUUAUUUUCUAAGUAGGACUGAUAAAAUUAUCUUUGAGACUCUCACUCCUUAGAGUAUGAAGUGUUUAAGGCUGAGAAACGUUGCUUCUGAAUCAUGCAUUGGGAUAUAUAUGUGUAGAUGCUAAGAAUAAGCAGUUUGUACUUUAAAAAUCAGUAACAACAAAAAAAAACUGUGACAAUACUUAUGUAUAUAUACAUGUGUUUAUAUAUAAGUAAAAUUUUAAAGAUGCUGUUUUUUUAAUUGAAGAAAAAAAAUUAACUCAGUUCAUUUCCUGGAAAAUCUUCACGACCCAUCACUUAUUCCCCUAAAUAACCUGUCAUCUCUAGGGCCCCUGCUUCUCCCACUGUAAUGUCAGCCAUUCUCUUUUGCUGAAAUCUCAGACUACGUUCUCGUUUCUUCUGUUCUUUGGUCUGACAUUUGCAUUUUGCUUUAUCUUCUCAGCCCUUCCUCGCUGAUACUGCUCCUUCCUACAUACUGUACUUUGAAAGCACCUUCGUGUUCUUUCUUGUCCCCAGUGGUAAGAUCUGGCCCUUCACUCGCUCUGUCUUCUAGUAGUGAAUUGAUAACAGUAGGUCAUAAUUUUAUCUCUAAAAUCUAUUUCUAGUGCUAAUUUCUCUCUUAACCCCUCUAGUUGGAUCCUCCUGAAAUCUCAAGGCAACAUGUCGAGCUGCACUUGUCGCCUAUUUUAAACUAGCUCCUGCCUUUCUUUUCUACCCAGGGAAGACACUAUUUUCCCAAGUCAGUUAGCCUUGAAACUGCAGAAGCAACUUCGAUUCUUACUUGUUCCCCACUUUCAGUUGAUCACCAGUAUGGGCCUCUUGCUUUUCUUUUUGCCAUCCCGUGCAUCCCAACCAUCUUUUCUGUUGGGUGCUGUCAAUCUCUCUUAUCUCUGAUCUCCUUUCCUGCAAUUUAACCUCACACAGUUCUGACAUUAAUGUUCCUAAAAUAUUACUUUCCUCUUCUUACUUUUCUACUCAAGGACAUCCACUUCAGUCAGGAGACUUUCUGCCAUCUGACUCUACCUUUUCUGUGCAAACUUAAAGCAGGAGACUAGCUGCCUUCGAAUAUCUGAAUGCCAUGUUCAUUCUACGCUCUAAGCCUCAUUGUUUGCCAGCCUAAAAUACCACCCUUUCUCUAGAAACCUAACCUUAACACACUGAAAUAGGAAGAUACUUAAAAUAUAUUUUAGAUACAUGAGUAUUCCAGUCAAAUAAUUUCUGUAAAAUAUACAGAUGGAAUGUAAAAGAGAUGAUUGAAGGACAACAGGGUGAUAGAAGGACUUUAUUAGACAUUCAGAUUUGGUUAUGAUUUAAAUUUUAAUUGAACAUUUAAUUAGGUUUUCAUGGGGGAGUAAAAAACAUGGAAUAUGAUCUCUGUACAAAAAUCAUCCAGUAUUGAAUCCAUUUGCAUUAGAAGAGUUUCAUACUUUAAAACUUUUAUAUCUUUAUCUAAACCUAGCAUAUUUUUUAAGCAUAUUUGACUUUUACUACCUGGGCAUCUAUAUAUAUAUAAAAAUAUGUAUCUGUAGAUUGUGUGUGUUCUUUACCCAUUAUCUUCUUCCAUGCUUCAUCACAAAUUUUUAUUUAAAAGUACUUUCUCCUUAAAGAAUUACAUGUACUUUAACAGAACCUUUGACAGUUAUUUUUACUUCCCCUUUGUUAAGAUUAUCUGUUAUAUAAAAAUUUGACAAGCUUCUGCAAUUGGGAAAAGCCUCUAGGAAACCUGUCUUCCCUAAAUCCUAUAGACUUUUUGUAAACCUUACAUUUUCCAAAAACUGAUCUCCUGCCUACUCCUUCUAGGGUUAAAAAUACUACCUUGUCAGUCAAGUGUAUAGUAUGCCAAUAUAAAUACCAUGUUUUGUUUGCUUGAAACAGUUGGUUUGGGAAGCUAGCAAAGUUAGCAUAUUCUUCACAUAUUUAAUAAAAUUUGUAUUUUGAUUCUGUGAUAAUUAUAUUGCUAAGGUUACCAAAGUACCUCAUGAUUAGAACUGAAUAUGCUUAUUAAAGUUUUUAGUGUGCUAAUAGUUAUCCAACUUAUUGCAUUUGUGAAUUGUGCUUUCAGAAAAAUUCUGGGCGUUAUAUAUUCAUGUUUAUAAUUAUGCCUAUAAUAAUAUAUAACUUUUUAAUGUAUAUAAUUUACACUGCAUCCAUGGUUAUUCCACUUCCUUUAUGACAGAUUGACUAUUUGAAAACCAAAAUAAAAGUGAACCGUGUUACCUGGAGGAAUAGUUCUAUCUUAUUCCUGUUUUUAUACUCUGGGGUAAAACAAUAGAGAGUGAGUUUUCCAGUUAUUACAAUAGCUGAAAGGGAUACAAUAUACAUGUGAUUAAACUGUGAGGAAAAUAGGAGGCGAAAAAGCAGGAAAAAUGUCCUAAUCGUAACCUAAUAGGUAUUUUGUUAUGAAGAAUCUAAGGAAUUUCAUUUCACUUUACAAAGACAUUGUUUUCGAGAAUAAGGUCUUUGCUGGCUUUUCCUCCUACACUAAGGAAUAUUCUGCUGUUAUCUAUGUGGUGCUGUGUCUUCUCUUACAAAGUCAACUCUUGAAGUGCUGUUUAAGGUGUUAGAAGUUUCAUGAUCUUCCAACAGAAAUUCAAAUUAGAUACGGUCUAUAAUUUUAAAGAGUAAAAAUGGAAGAUGAAUUACUAUAGGAUAGCCCACUUAAAUGGAAAAUAUAUAUUUGAAUAGUUUCAAUGGAAUUUGGUUUAUAUGACCAAACAUACCUUUCUAGAAUGUUUAUUAGCUCUUAUUAGUAAUUUGAGGGAAAUGAUCUAAUCAUAAGUGUUCUGCAUUUUAUUUUUCCUUGGAAUGUUGCACUUUGGAUUCUGUUCCCUGGCUACAGCAUAAAAGAGGUUUUCAAAAGCUAUGCAAAACUUUUAAAAUUUUCUGAGUUCAGUUCUGUAAUUAGUGAAUAACACAUUAAAUAUCACCAAGAAGGGGUUUGCUAAUAUGCCAAUCUGUUUUAAAUGAAUACUUAGAAAUCUAUAUAGAAAAUAACAGUAAUCUCAGGCUGCCUUUUCAUUAUCAGUCAGGCAAGCUUAUUUUUAGACCAUUUCCCUUUCAUUCAUUGGAUAUAGGAUCUGGGAUUACAAGUGUAAUGGUUUUUAUAAGGUAGAAACAACUGGAAGUAAAUUCAUUUCUCAAGUAGAAAUUUUAGUAAAUCUGAAAUACUUCUUGCUUAGGUUCUUGUUGAAGGCUAUCUCAAAUACUGGAAGUCAUUUUCCUGACUUGGUAAGGCAUUUAAAAUGUUUAGUUUACAUGAUUUAUACCCUUUAAAGAGACUCUUUGGUAUCAAUGAUCAGUAUCAAUUUGCACUUUUCAGAACUGUAAAAUUAAAAUUUUUUUGG